AUGGACGAAGAUCAGGGCCCAUCCCAAAUCGUCCCUGGGACCCCUCCCAAGCGGACGAUUGGAGAUCGCCUUCGCAGCACCAAGAACAGAUUCUUCACCAAGGACGGCCUGAUUGGCGACUACGACUAUGCCUUUCUCUUCACCCCGAACCUGCCCUUCAUGAGAAAGAGUCGCAGAUCCGCCCCCUUCUUUGGCCUGAACGACCGGAUGCCUACGCUCUUGGCCAUGUUGCUAGGAUUCCAGCAUUCCCUCGCCAUGUUGGCCGGCAUCAUCACGCCGCCCAUCCUGCUGAGUGGCGCGGCCGGUGCCAACCUCACCGGGGAGAUACAACAAUACCUCGUCUCAACAGCUCUGAUUGUCUCCGGCUUGUUGUCCAUGAUCCAAAUCACCAGAUUCCACAUCUUCAAGACUCCUUAUUACAUCGGAACUGGUUUGAUCUCGGUAGUCGGCAUCUCCUUUGCCAUUAUUCCCGUCGCCCAGGGAGCCCUCUCGCAAAUGUAUGCCAAUGGUUACUGCCCGAUGGACGCCCAGGGAAACAAGCUCCCUUGCCCUGAUGGAUACGGCGCCAUCAUCGGCUCCAGUGCCAUCUGCGCUCUGAUUGAAAUCGCCAUUUCCUUCAUGCCGCCAAAGAUCAUGCUUCGCAUUUUCCCGCCCAUCGUGACUGGCCCGACAGUCAUGCUCAUCGGCAUUCACCUGAUCGAGACUGCCUUCCAGGACUGGAUGGGUGGCUCCGGCCCUUGUGCCAGCCCUACUUCCGACUACUUCGCCAAGUGCCCCAACAUCUCCGCGCCUCAUGCUCUUCCCUGGGGCUCCGCCGAGUACUUGGGCCUGGGAUUUUCCGUCUUCAUCACCAUCAUUCUCUGCGAGCGAUUCGGCGCCCCGAUCAUGAAGUCGACCUCCGUUGUCAUCGGCCUUCUCGUUGGAUGUAUCAUCGCCGCCGCGACUGGCUACUUUGACCGCUCCGGCAUCGACAGUGCCCCUGCUGCCUCUUUCAUCUGGGUGCACACCUUCAAGCUCACCCUUUACGGGCCGCUCAUUCUGCCUUUGCUAGCCGUGUACAUUGUCUGCGCCACGGAGGCCAUUGGAGACAUCAGCGCCACCUGUGAUGUCUCUCGCCUCGAGGUUGAGGGCCGUCUCUUCGAGUCCCGCAUUCAGGGUGGUGUCCUUGCCGACGGCAUCAACGGUAUUCUCGCAGCCCUGAUGACCAUCACUCCCAUGACAACCAGAAAGUUUGCUCAAAACAACGGAGUCAUCGCUCUCACCCGUUGUGCCAACCGCAGCGCCGGCUACUGCUGCUGUUUCUUCCUCAUCAUUAUGGGCGUAUUCGCCAAAUUCGCUGCGUCACUCGUCGCCAUUCCCUCCCCCGUCCUCGGCGGCAUGACCUCGUUCCUCUUCACGGCUGUCGCCGUCUCCGGCAUGGCCAUCAUCACAAAGGGUGUGCCUUUCAACCGACGAAACCGCUUCAUCUUGACCGCUGGUCUCACACUCGGCUACGGCGCCACCCUCGUGCCGACUUACUUUGACAAAGUCUUUACGUAUUCAGGCAACAACCACGCCCUGAAGGGAUUCCUGGACGCCAUUGUACUCGUAAUGGAGACGGGCUUUGCCAUUACGGCGUUCGUCUGCAUGCUUCUCAACUUUGUGCUCGCUGAAGAGAUUGAGGACACGGAGGGUCACGAUAUCAUCCCUACCACCGGAAACGUCACUCCCAAGGACGUCAACGGCGGAGAGAGCGCCCGCGGGGCCGACUCGGAGGAUAUUCAACCCAUCGGGCACAAUCCCAGUGGAAAGCGUGAUGAAAAGCUGUCUUGA